ACGGCCCGGCCCCAGGCACCCAGUCUCCAGGUGCGCAGGCAAACAGACCCACCAUGAGCAACUUCGUCCCCCAUCUCUGCUCACCAUGCGGACGCUAACAUGGUUCUUGUUCUUUCCUCUGUGCCUCUCCUGUGGCUAUGCCUUUAUGUUUUCUCCUCUGAGAGAUAAAGUCAAAGAACCCCAGGGGAAGGUGCCUUGCGGAGGGCACUUUCGGGUCAGGCAGAAUCUCCCAGAGCACGCCCAAGGCUGGCUUGGGAGCAAAUGGCUCUGGCUUUUUUUUGUUGUUGUACUGUAUGUGGUACUGAAGUUUCGAGGAGAUAGUGAGAAGAGUAAGGAGCAGAAUCCUGCCCUUCGAGGCUGUUCAUUUCGCUCUCCACUAAAGAAAAAUCAAAAUGCUUCCCCCAACAAAGACUAUGCGUUCAAUACCUUAACCCACCUGGAGAUGGACCUUGUGAAAUUCGUGUCUAAGGUGCGGAAUCUGAAAGUCGCCAUGGCAACUGGCAGUAACCUCAAGCUUCAGAACAUGGAGGGACCUGCAAGCCCACACAAUAAUAUUACCAUCUAUGAAAUAUGGGGCGAAGAAGACUCUGAAUGAAUGGAUUUGUGUGUCAGAGUAGGAGAGACAAAGUUGAGUGUUGACAAACCAUAUGCAAACCAAUAAAACUAUUCUGAAGAAAAAGAA